AUGCUGCCAGGAUACAAGAAGCGGCGGUUACCGGAAGCAGCACAGAAAUUGGUGGACAAGGCGGUGAUGGACGAUGGAUUGGCACGUGCGCCUGCUGGUGACGCGAGGUGGGCCAUGCUGUAUGACGAUGUGCAGCGACUGGUGCAGGAAGAGCGUUUGACGACAGAUAUCACACCAACAUUGGACAAGGAAACGACAAGAGAAGGUGACGACGGCGAUGGAGAGGGUGAACUGCGAGACGAUCACUUGUGGGCCAAUGGAUCGCCCUGCCGUGAACGUAUGAUCGCUUUGACGGACGUUUCACCGACUCUUGAUGCGAGCCCCAGUUCACACGGACAGGCGCACCAGCGAUGCCUUCUGCCCAACCACGCCAUCUCAGAAGCGGUGCACGCAUACAUUUCGGAUGCGUUCACACACCAACGCGGCGACUUUGUCAAGAGUAUCACGAGCGAGAGCUGGGACCCGGCGGCGCUGGCAGCGAUGAGUAUGGUAGUGGAAGAGAUGGCCAAGUCGCAAGCGAGAUUCAACGCGCAAAGGACCAUGUUUGCCAAGUCGCCACGCAAUCAGGCGCUAGCAGCGAAGAGGGAAGCGCACAGGCAGCGCGACGAGCACAAAGAACGGAUGAUCGAUGAAGAAUGA